AUGGAACAAUUAAAUGAAGAUCAACAGAAUGCAUUAUCUCAUUUUCAAGAGUUUACACAUAUUAAUUCAAUUGAAACGUGUCGUCAAUUUUUAGAAAAUCAUUCUUGGGAUGUUGAACGAGCUAUUGAAACAGCACUAAUCAGUGAAACAGAAUCGUUGAUUACCGAAUCUGAAGAACCAUCUCUAGGUUCACAUGAUGAAUUGAUUCCUUCUGCCCCCCCUCUCCCACCCUUUCUUUUGGGAUCUACUGUUCAACGACGGCCUCCACCGCCACCACCGCCAUCACAACAUCAAUCAUCCACAACAUCAGAUAAUGCAUUAAAUCGACGCCACACCCCGAAUGAAUCUAUUAUUGCUCGAUACAUGCCACAUUCAUUGUUACAAAUUUUGCGUACACCAUUACAAUUUUUAUAUGCAACUUUCAUUAAAGUUCAGUCAUUUUUUCCCUGGACAGUUAUUCGUUUAGUGUGUUCUUUUGUUCAAUCAUUGUUUUGGGCAGAAAGAGAUCCAGUACAAGAACUUCAGGAUUAUUACACAUAUUUUGACAACCAGUAUGAUUCGAGGCACCCAGUGUUUUAUCGCGGAAAAUUUUCUCAGGCUCUACAAGAUGCUAAAAAAGAAGUUCGUCUAUUGUUCGUAUAUCUUCACGAAAAAAAUUCACCACUAUGUGACAGGUUUUGCAGAGAGGUGUUGUGUGAGGAUACAAUUCAAACUAUAAUUGGUAAUAAUCUGCUUUGGAGUGCUAGCUCUGAUACACAAGAAGGACGCAUAGCAAGUCGAAUUCUUCAUUGUACUGCACAUCCCUGUUUAUGCAUAAUCGCACAUCAUGGAUCUCAACAAACUGUCCAAUUGAAACUUCAAAGAUAUAAUGGCGCUGAUGAGUGUAUAGCAGCAGUGUUUGAUGGUGUACAGAAUGCUGAACAUGUAUUACAGCAUAACAGAAAUAUGCAAAAUCAAAGGGGUCAGAGAGAUCGUCUGUUAGAAGAACAAAAUGCUGCUUAUCUUGAAUCUGUUAGAGUUGAUCAAGAAAAACAAAAACAAAAACAAUUAGAACAAAGUUUACGUCAAAAAGUUGAAGAAGAAGAACGACGUAUUGAAGAUGAACGACAAAAAAAAUUACAAAAAUUUAUUGAAUUUCGUGAUAAUUUAAAGGCAAAUUUACCCGUUGAACCAUUACCAAGUGAGAGUGAUACAAUUCAAGUAUCUAUACGUUUACCUGAUAAUGAACCAAUUAGAAGACGUUUUCGUCGUAAUGAUCCAGCUAAGCUUUUAUUUGAAGUUGCUUGGACAAAUAAUCAUGUACCAGAGCAUUUUGAAUUACUAUGGGGUUAUCCACGUCAAAGAUAUCAAUAUAAUAAAAUUGGUGAUCGACUAAUUAAAGAUGUCAUACCGGGAAACAGUGAAACAUGUUAUCUUGAACAAAUUGAAGAAUCGGAUAGUUAA